CGGAGAGGCUAGAAUCCAGCCCGGGCUCCUGACGCAGGCGGAAGCCCCGCCCCGCGCGUGACGCCAGCGUCAGGCCAGUCCCGGCAUGCUCCGCGGCCGCCGCGGUCGAGUGCAGGCGAGAGGAAUUUUCCCCGUGAGCGGCCCCAGCUCAGUUCAGCUGCUGUCCAGACCCGGGUCGGCGACAGUGUCGUCUCCAGCCGUUCUCCUACUGCUCGCUCGCCCGUCCGAGCGCCCCAGGCCCUCCCGCGAGGGCGCCCCGGGACGGAAGGAUCCACCAGCCUGUCGGCGCCCGCCGUUCUCGUGGUCGCCGUCGCCGUCGUCGUUGUGGUAGUCUCCGCCGUCGCCUGGGCCAUGGCCAAUUACAUCCACGUCCCGUCCGGCUCCCCGGAGGUGCCCAAGCUGAACGUCACGGUUCAGGAUCAGGAGGAGCAGCGCUGCCGGGAGGGGGCCCUGAGCCUCCUGCAGCACCUGCGGCCGCACUGGGACCCCCAGGAGGUGACUCUGCAGCUCUUCACAGAUGGAAUCACAAAUAAACUUAUCGGCUGUUAUGUGGGUAAUACAAUGGAGGAUGUAGUCCUGGUGAGAAUUUAUGGCAAUAAGACUGAGUUGUUAGUCGAUCGAGAUGAAGAAGUAAAGAGUUUUCGAGUGUUGCAGGCUCAUGGCUGUGCACCACAACUCUACUGUACCUUCAAUAAUGGGCUAUGCUAUGAAUUUAUACAGGGAGAAGCGUUGGAUCCAAAGCAUGUCCGUAACCCAGCCAUUUUCAGGCUAAUAGCUCGUCAGCUUGCUAAAAUUCAUGCUAUCCAUGCACACAAUGGCUGGAUUCCCAAAUCUAAUCUAUGGCUAAAGAUGGGAAAGUAUUUCUCUCUCAUUUCCGCAGGAUUUGGAGAUGAAGACAUUAAUAAAAGGUUCCUAAGCAAUAUCCCAAGCUCUCAGAUUCUUCAGGAAGAGAUGACUUGGAUGAAAGAGAUUCUUUCCAACCUGGGCUCACCUGUUGUACUUUGCCAUAACGACUUAUUGUGUAAGAAUAUAAUCUACAAUGAGAAACAAGGUGAUGUACAGUUCAUUGAUUAUGAAUAUUCUGGAUACAACUACCUGGCAUAUGAUAUUGGAAAUCAUUUCAAUGAAUUUGCAGGUAUGAGUGAUGUAGACUAUAGUCUCUAUCCAGAUAGAGAACUACAAGGCCAGUGGCUGCGUUCUUACCUUGAAGCCUACAAAGAAUAUAAGGGCUUUGGUACUGAAGUUACUGAAAAGGAGGUAGAAAUACUCUUCAUUCAAGUCAAUCAGUUUGCAUUGGCUUCGCAUUUCUUUUGGGGAUUGUGGUCUUUGAUUCAAGCCAAAUACUCUACUAUUGAGUUUGACUUCCUUGGAUAUGCAGUUGUUCGUUUUAACCAGUACUUUAAAAUGAAGCCUGAGGUUACUGCAUUAAAAGUGCCUGAGUAAAGAAGAGAUUUAAUUUUUCUCAAGUAGCUGAGCAAUGCUUGUGAAUCUUUUCUUAAGAAAUUCCAAAAAGCCAAUAUUUGUUAAAAUUCUGUUAUUUUAUUUGGUUAUUUUGCUUUACAAAUUAUGCCUCUUAACAACCAGUCAAUUUUUUAAAUAGACCAAAUAAUGUCAAGAAAUAUACCUACUGCUAUCAGUAUGUGGUAGAGUAGAAAUUUGUUAAAUCUGCAAAAGGUGUAAAGAUGUCUGUUUAAGCCUUUCUUUGAUACUUUAAUCUAUGUUAUAUGUGAAUUAUUUAUUAUACAUUUAACAUGAUUUUGUGACUGUUUUCAUCUGUUUCAUCUGUUUUGAGUAUUAGCAAUGAAAAUGUUCCAGAGAAAUUCUUUUAAAGUUUUACUUUAAUAGUAUUAAUUUUAGUACACAUUAUUGUCAUUCAGUGUAACCUUUUUAUCUUGAUGCACUGUAAGUAAAAUGAAUCAUUUUCUUCUGAAAUGCCAGUUGUUGACUGUAUGAUAACUUGGGAUGUUCAUAUGAAAAUAUCUGUUUAGGAGAGUGAAAUAUACUGUCUCUAUUGGUGGUACAUCUUUUUGAAUUGAAUAUUAGGGAGCAUUUCUUUUUGGGGGGAAUAUAACUUAGAAUUAAUUUCCCCUCUCUUUCAAUAUAAAUAUAAAUAUUUACCAUAUAAUCUUGGAAUAAGUAUAAUGAUUUGAUGUUACCAAAAUAUUUAUUAGGUAAUGUUUUCAAAUGCUAAACAUGGCCAUUUAAGUUACUAGUUUCAGUUUAAAAAAUUUUACUCUAUCAAAUUGUUUCUAACCAAAAAUCUUGCUUUACUUAUUGAGAUGCUCUGUUUUUAUUUAUUAAAUAGUAGCUAGUAUUGCUAAAUUUUGAAACAAAUUUACAAAGUUUAUCAUACUUGGAAAUAAGAAAAUAACAUUUAGAUGAAUUCUUUUUUACCUAUCCAGAUUCAUUCCUUACAUUUUGGUUUCAUGUUUUAGUUUGGUUCCAUGUCUUUAGAGUGAUAGCAAAUGAUUACUUGAUACAUAAAAGUUCAGAGUAAUAUGUUGAGGCAGUUAGAAGAAUUAAAUAAAGAACUUUUAGGACAUUGAUCUUGUACACUUAAAAUCUGACAAAUAACAAAAUGUGAAUUAAGCAGAAAUACUCAUGGUAGGAAGGCUUCUGUUUGUUUUUAUUUCUCUUGUUUUUGUUUAAGUGUAUUUUUUAUUUUGUCUGGGAGUAAGAGGCAGGCAAUUAUUGUAUGGGAGGAAGAUAGAUCUUUGGGAUAGAUAAGUAAGCUUCAAGGCUUGAAGACUGCUGUGUGGAGUUGAACAGUCAUGGUUAACUUUACUUAGAAAAUUAGUCUGAUGGGCUUUGCACUUUGGUCAUAUAAGUGCCCAUGUACAAAGUUGGCUUAAUGGAUCUGCAUAUUCAAAAUAUGCAACUACAGAUUUAUCCUCUGAGAAAUCUUCUGGGGAGUCUGAUGUAUUAUUUCAAAAUGACUUAUAUUCUCAUCAAGUGCUUUAAAAUACUUGGAUUAUCUCAAGAUGUUUAAAGCUAAUAAAAUGCGUAGAAACUCUUAAAGGCCAUUUUAAAUGGUAAAUUCUAGUUACAUAAGUAGAAUCUUAAAAUAUGUUUGUAUCUAUAACAGUGUUAGACCAAGAUUUGGUUUCUACCUCCCCAAUGUUAUAAAUGUUCACUUGUGUUUUUAUAAACCACAUUACUGUAAGAUCAAUAGAAUUUUGCCUAGUUGAUUAAAUGAAUGGAACCAAUUAAACAACUAAUAGCUUUCUAUGAUGGUAGAAUGAACUUUUGGUGAAAUUUUUAUCUAUGGUUGGAACAUUUUCGUAGAAUGAUGACAAUUCAAAUACUCUUUUUUUUUUUUUUUUGCUUUUUGCGUUCUAAAAGUGCAGCAGUAUAUAUCUGGUAGAACUAUGGGAGGAGAAAAGAUCAUUUUUCUACCUUACUCUGUAUUCUUACUUCAAACUAUUUCAAAUAGAGAUUCACUGAGCCACUGCUGGAUGACUGCAUAACUGCUAGCUGUGACAUUAUUAUGUGUUUCAGAGUAAAACCAUUUCAUGUGUAGAAGUAAAUGUAACCAGGAAUAAAGGCUCUCAUUUUAGCCCUGGGAGUGUGCAGUGGAUCUUGGGAACAAAAAAAGAUAUUUAAGCUAUUGUCCCCACUCUUGGGCUUACAUUUUGGGUGUUGUGAUGCUCCUAAUUCCUGUAUAGGUUUUUGGGAUCACCGUGCAGGGUUAGCAAUGGAAUUCAAAAUUGCUUUCCUUUGUAUUCACCAUUUAAGGGAUUCUAAAGGAGGGUAAAUCUCAACAGCAUUCUAAAAUCAUUUCUCUAAAAUUUGUCCUAUGGCUUGCUGAGAUGUCUGUUGCCUUUUUAUGUUGAGCUAAGGAACUUGAAUGCCUUACUUAAUAACUCAACUAGUAGUAAGCUCAUUUUGUAAAUAUGAAAAUGGUUGUUAGAAGUGGCAUUCAUUUAUAUUCAAUGUUAGUCAAUAGACCAUAGUGGCCUGGAUGCUUUAAAAAGCGAAAUUCCACAAUUUUUUUCUUUUUUUCCCUUACAUACCUGUAUGAUCUUACCUGACCAGUGAUGUUUGAUUUUGUUUUUCCCUCCUAACCCCAUGCUACCACCAUUUUCUCAAAAUCAAAGAGAUGUGGUAGUAAAUCAUACUGUUCACAUAAUAAUUUGAGAACAAUAUGAGCACAAAACUCAUCAACUAGGUCUGCCUGGAGUGUAUAUAAAACAGUGUAAAUAAAAACUUGUAAAUUAGUA